AUGGGUAAUACGUAUGGACAAGUUGUGGCUGGUGGUCAUGGCUCAGGAGAUCGAUUGCACCAAUUAAAUGGUCCAACUGAUGUAUUGAUCGACAAAGAGACGAAUAGUCUCAUUUGUUGUGAUCGAGAUAAUCGACGAGUCGUACAAUGGUCUCGCCAUAGUGGCACCAAUCAAGGGAAACCUCUCCUGGAGCAUAUUCAUUGUUACGGAUUGGCUAUGGAUUAUCAGGGAUAUCUCUACAUCUCUGACGAAAUAAAACAUGAAGUAAGACGAUAUCAACUUGGACAUAAGAAUGGAACUGUCGUGGCUGGUGGCUAUGGUAAAGGUAAUAAUCUCAAUCAGCUCAACGAGCCAACCUACCUCUUUGUCGAUCGACAACAGGCUGUCUACGUAUCAGACAACGAAAAUCAUCGUGUGAUGAAAUGGAGUAUAGAUGCAAAAGAAGGAAUUGUUGUUGCUGGAGGUAAAGGCAAUGGAGAUGCUCUAACACAAUUGUCAUAUCCUAAUGGACUAUUCAUUGAUACGUUUGGUACUAUCUAUGUGGCAGACUCAGGUGUAUUUCAUAAAGCUGUUGCUGUGAUGGAUCUCAAAACAGAGUUGAUCCAACAAACAACAUCAUCAACUGAACAAGCGGUGUUACUAUUAGCGAUCAAAUGUUCAAGUACGAGUGUACGAUAA